CCUCUACUGUUAUUAUAAUACUAUGCAUGAUAAAUCUCGAGAGAUAUCGAACAGAAAAAGUCUUAAUCUUUUGUGCGAUUGAAAAAAUGUGAAAGAUCAUGAGGCGAAAAUAUGUCAAAGAAUAACAUUGAUCAUCAGCUGGAAAUUCUGAAAGUGAAACUAGAAAAAAAUGCAGUUCUGCAAGCGUUUACCUCAUAGAUCUAGAUGUAAAUUACACUUUUAUUUAUCCAGACACUUCUCAUCCGAAAAAUGGGAUGUCGUUAGUAACACUGAAGUACAACGAUUUGCCAAGGAUUGCAUGACAUGUGUGGGCACCAAGCCAGGGCACGCGGAGAGUCUAGCCGAAGUUCUGGUACAAGCAGACUACAGGGGGCACUACAGCCAUGGGCUUAAUAGAUUAGAUAUGUAUGUGAAAGACAUACAGACUGGCAUAACAGUCUCCGACAAAGAGCCAGUCAUUAUGAAGGAGGGUCCUGCCACUGCUUUUGUAGAUGGACAGAAUGCACUAGGUCCAGUGGUCGGCAAUUUCUGUAUGGACAUAGCAAUAACUAAAGCCAAGCAAUCUGGAGUAGGAUGGGUUGUGGCCAGAGGUUCCAACCAUUAUGGUAUUGCUGGUCAUUAUGCAAUAAAAGCAAGUGACAAAGGACUUCUGGGGAUGGCCUUUACCAACACAUCACCAUUAGUAGUGCCAACUCGAGCAAAAAAGCCAAUUCUUGGGACCAACCCAAUAAGUUUAGCUGCCCCAGGUCUUCAUGGUGACAGUUUUGUUCUGGAUAUGGCUACCUCAACAGCUGCUUUAGGAAAGAUAGAGAUACAUGAGAGAAAACAAAUACCUAUUCCAGACAGUUGGGGAGUAGAUGCUCAUGGAAAGAUGACAAAUAAUCCAACAGAAGUGUUAAAUGGUGGGGGCCAAAUGCCACUGGGUGGGGCUGAAGAGACAAGUGGAUAUAAAGGUUCCGGCCUCGGCUUCCUGGUGGAGAUAUUUUGUGGCAUUUUAAGUGGAUCAGCUUAUGGACCAAACAUCAGAAGGUGGAAAAACACCACAACAGUCGCUAAUCUGGGUCAGUGUUUUAUUGCCAUAGAUCCUAAUUCUUUCAUGCCUGGAUUUGAGGACAGAAUGUCUGAUCUGAUGGGCAUAUGUCGUAAUCUGGAACCUGCCGAAAAAGACAAUGAUGUUUUAGUGGCUGGUGAUCCUGAGAGAAUCCACAUGAAGAUGUGUGACGACAGAGGGGGAAUUCCUUACCAUCCUAAUCAGAUUAAAUACGCGGUUGACUUGGCAAAGACUCUGAAUGUAAAGGCUAUGGAAACGAAGAAAUAGAAUGUGAUGCCUAUUUUACAUAUAGCUAAAGCAGAUUACAGAAGAAAAAGAUUCUGGCCUUGAUUUUAGACAAAAAACUCAUUGCAAAGACCAAAAUGUUAUUUUGCCAAAACUUUGUAACUUUUUUAACAUUGAAAAUGUUUUUUAAUCUUUUUAAAAAGAAUCUAGCCAGAUAAUUUUAUGCAAGCAGUUUUUUAAGUUUCUGGACUUUUGUAAUACAAAUCCCUUGUUCAUCGAUAUCAGAUCUAUUUUAAGAGGCAAAAUCACAUAGCAUGGGUAGGAUCUCUUAAAAAGAAACCCGAAUCUUGCUUUGACUCAUGAAAUAAAAUUACUGCAGCUUUUAUUAAUAUACAUGUAAUGAUAAAAAGAUCAAGGCUUCACUCACAUUAUUAAUCAUCUAGGCCUAUCUAUAUACAUGUAUUUCUGCUUCAUAUCAAGACAAUAUUGAAGAUACGUCUAUAGAAAAAAAUUGAAAAGAACUGCUUUUGUUGAUCAGUGAGUAAGGGUAAUUUUAGGAGACUGAGUAAUUAUGUAAUGAAUUAUUUUCAUAUGCAGAAAAUCCGUCUGAAAAAUGAAAUAACUGUAUGAUUGUUGCAUGCGAAUGAUGAUUGGUUGUUAAUUGUUAUUUGUUUCAUACUCAUAGUUAUAUAAUUAGUGUGCCUAAUGUAUAAAUAUUUUCUGUUAUAAAAAUCAAGCGAAGUAUGGAUUAUUUUGCUUGAUAAUAGUUCAUUAAAAUACACAUUAUAUAUUU